AUGUCAACUGUCGAGACUUUCUCAGAACAAGUUCGCCUGGCCGCCACAACCCACAAUGCAGGCUUAUUCUCCGACCUAUUUCAACUAGAAGAGUAUAAUCCAGGCAUAGACACAGUUCGCUGUGAGUCGAUCGUUAAUCGAGUAUUGGAAGACCAAUCGUCAGCUCUAUCCGAAUUUGUGUGUGCCUAUCUUGUAGUCCUCAGAAAUCUAAAGGACCCAUCUAUAAUUGACGUGUAUGAUCAUUAUGCCAACUUUUACAGCACUCUUGUACCUGUCUUCAAUGGAGCAGAUACAUUCUAUCAAGUAUCACUUGUAAGAAGAUUAUCAAGUGAACUUGUUUCACUAGCAUUCCUUGCAGAUAAUCAUGAGAAUCUGAAAGGCAAGGCAAGAAAGACAAACAGCGCUGCCAGAUUGCUGUCCAAAAUAUUCAACAUCAUGUUGGCUGACAGAGCACCAAUGGAAGAAUCCAAGCGACAGGGAAUAUUCCAUAUCACUAACCUCGCCUUCAAAGCCUAUUUCAAACUUGACUCAAUUCGAUUAUGCCAGACAUUGAUAUCCAAUAUAAGAACAGGAAAUGUCAAUAUUGAUAUAUAUCCUAUAGCCCAACAAGUCACAUAUCGAUAUUAUCUUGGGCGCUACUAUCUAUAUUCUAAUCUACUUCGAAAAGCAGAUGAGUGUUUGUCAUUUGCAUUCGAUAAAUGCACAUUCCAGCAAUGGAAUAACAAGAGAUUGAUCCUUAAAUUUCUUAUCCCUUGUCGCAUUAUUCUGGGAAAAUUUCCAUCUAUGCAACUAUUGACAAAAUAUCAACUUGUCAUACCCUUUGCUGGUUUAAUACAAACAUUAAAGAGUGGAAACUUGUAUGAAUAUCUCAACCAUCUCGACGUUCAUUUUGGGUUCUUUUACAAAACAUUUACAUACGUAAUGCUACGAGAACGAGGAACAGUAUUGGUAUGGACAUGCUUACUCAGGAGAUUAUCUCAGAUUGUGGUGGCCGAAAGAAAUGUAAUGACUUUUGAUCACUGUCAUUUGGCCCUUUCCAAAUCAACCCAAGAUCCAACGUUAGAUAUGCAAGACACUGAAUCUAUUCUCGUUUCUCUCGUAAGCCAGAGGUACAUCCGUGGCUAUCUCUACCACCAGAAAAGAUUGCUUGUUCUCAGUAAAACAGCUCCAUUUCCACCUAUCAGUGCCAUCCGUGUUUAUACCGAAAAAUAUGAUGACCAAAAGGCAGAAAAUCACCUUAGUAACGUUCCGUCAGGUCCCACCGAAGAAGUCCAAGAAAUGGUUUCUGGAAUGGGGGAUGGUUAUUAAAAGUCCAGUACCGUAAAUAUAAUGACUUAUUAAACCUUUUUCUUAUAUAUAUAAAAUGUUUAUACAGAACCUUGUAAACCAAAUGAGAAGUUAUAUACAGUGAGGGGCAAAAAGAAUCGCCUUUUUUUAAGAUCCCGAUUGUUCUCCAAAAUAUAUCUAUUUUUCAUGCUU